UUGGAGGUGUUCCGCGUUUGACGUUAUCCUUUGCAAAAAUGGCACAUGUUUAUCGGCAUCGAGUGUUAUCCCACAAAUUACGUUUUCAUUUCGGACUAAACCAGUGCAUCUAGGAAUUAGAUUACAGUGUCUAUGUCUUACAACUAAUAACUAAUAGUAUACAUGUAAUCAAUCAUGAACUGAGUAAACUAUGGAUGCAUUAAAAGACUAUGCAUCUGAAUCUGAAGAUUCAAAUUCAAAUGAAGUGGAGACUAGUGACACAUGUAAAACUGAAAAUAUAAGACAUGACUUUUUUGGUAUAUUUACCAGAGAUUCAUCUGCUAUAGAUGAUGAGAAAGAAAAACAUGGAAAGGAAACUGUGGUUAAAAAGUCUGUGAGAAUAGAUAAUGAGAAAGUAACUGUUGAAAUACCAAGCACUUCUUUUUGGAGUGAUUUACCGAGCAAUGAAUUACAGGUUUUCCAACAAACAUCUAAGUUUGAUGGGAGAAAGGUGGAAAAUUCACGUAAACUUUACAAAAAACCAAGUUUUCAGGGGCAUGAUGUGAGUGUCCAACAAAAAAGGACAUCAGAUAGCCAUGGAAACCAAAGUGAUAUUAAAAGGCAGAAGGCAUCAGUAGAAUGUGACACAAGUUUUAAUAAAGAUAGAGACCAACAUGAGACACGCAGAUUAAAUGAAAAAAGAAAACUGUUUUUUAUUCAUCCUAAAAUAACACCUCUUCUCCAAAGUAAAGGGUUAAACAACAAUAUUCCUAAAAAUAAAGAAUGGGAAAAUCCAGGGCAUGCAGGAGCAAUUAAUAGAUUAAAAUGGAAUGUUCCAAACUACAGUCAUCUUCUUGUGACUUGUUCCAUGGACACUACUUUAAAACUUUGGAAUAUUUGGAGCCAGCUGGAUCCCUGUGUUCAAAUAUUGAGAGUUCAUUCAAAGGCAGUGAGAGAUGUUGCCUGGAACCAUGAUGGGAAGCAACUACUGUCCUGUAGCUAUGACAAGUCAGCUGCUGUUAGUGAUGCAGAAACAGGUGCCGCCAUAUCAAAAUUUGAGCAUAGCAGUUUUGUCACAUGUUGCAAGUAUCACCCUGUGAAUCAUCAUGUAUGUGUAACUGGUAGCAACAAUCAAAUACAGACCUGGGACAGUAGGACCCCAUCAAGACCUUGUAAAACAUUUACCUACAAGGACACAAUUGGACAGGUGCAGGACUUAGUGUUGACCGGAGAUGGUUCCACUUUAUUCAGCUGCUCAGACUUGGUAACCCGGGACUCCGCAGAUAGAAAUCUAAUGGCAUGGGACUUCCGUACAGGAGUCGUCCUUUCUAAUCAGAUAUACCAGGAGAGGUUUACACUUGCACGGCUACAGUUACAUCCUAGAGACAAUCAGAUACUUGCACAGUCGAAUGGCAAUUAUAUAGCUAUUUUUUCAUUACAACGUCCGUACAAGAUGAACAAGCAUAAACGAUUUGAAGGUCACAAGUUACAAGGUUACAACAUUGGUUUUGAUGUUUCACCUGAUGGACAGAUUGUAUAUAGUGGAAGUGCUGAUGGAAAAAUCUGCUGUUAUAAUUAUCAGUCCGGUAAAUGUCUCCGGACUAUCAGUACCGGACUUCCUGUUGUGAUGGAUAUUGCUUGUCAUCCCCUUCUUCCUUCAACAAUAGCAAUGUCCAGCUGGGAUGGGACUGUUCAGGUGUGGAGAUGAUUAGUGUAGAAGUUGUGUUAUGGAGUGAUGUACACUAUCUGCAGUAUGUUUGCACCAGCGAUAUCAGAACAACGUGUUCAGCCUUGGAAGCAUAUUACGUUUGAAAGAAGUGCUGGGAGAAAAUAAUACUUAUUGAAAGUAACUACUAUUAUUGAAAUAUCUGAUUGUUACAGCCGAACAUAAGCAAACUGCAUGUAUCUUUUAGCUGUGUACUCGAGUAUUUAGUAAUGAAAACAAUCAGUUUUAUGAAUUAUUGAUGUUUUAAAAUAGUUUGCUUAUAUAUGUGUAUAUUUGAUAUUUUGUGCUCCUUUUUUCAAGCAAAGUCUAAAGAAUGAUCUUUAUUUCUUUUCUUUCAUUUGAAUUUUGUUGAAAAAUAAAUUAAAGACACAGAGUCUUAGCAAACUGAUACAUUGUCAAUUUCAAUCUGUAAUUUGAUGAAAACAGUUCAUUACAUAGCUUCUUACUAGUCAAGAUUCAAGACUCUUAUGUACCUCCUCUUUCUGUGUCACUAGAUUUGACCGAAGAAAGUGUGUAAACUCCUGUUAACAAGUCUGGUUCUAUUUUGUUUUGUUUAUAGAUUUUCAGUAAAAUGUUUCAUUAUUAGAUAUUGAAGAUAUUGAUAUAAAUCUAGAAAUUCUCAACAGAUUUACUCAACUUGGCUAAGUGUAUAAACUUACUAUGUAUGUUAUAUAUAGUAACUACAAAUGUUAUAUAAACUCACUACAUAUUUUAUUUAAACUAGCUAUGUAUGUUAAGGGUUGCAACCACCAUAAAAUGUUGCCUAGGAACAGCUGUUUCUUAAAAAAACAUUUAGUGUUUUUAAUGGCAUUACAAAUCCUGUGUUUACUUGUACAUAUCUAAUAUUUUAAACCUGAAAACCUGUGUUGUUUAUGCACACAAAUAUGUUUAUUCUAUGUUGUUAUAGAUACUAUUUAGAAACUUGAUAUUUUCAAAUAAGAAAUUAAGUCAUAAUUUAUCUUUUGUUUUACCUCCCACAAGAUUCUAGUAUUUUUCAUUAGUUGAAAGGUUGUCACAUUGUGACCCCCUAUAUUUCUGUGCAAGGUCAGUAGACUUUCAUGUCUGGUUAGGCUAAAGAAAAGAUGUUUGAUAAAACAGAUCUGUCAGUGUGUUUGUUAGUGACACUCCAUGGAAAUAUGUAGGGUCAGUAUGAUAAAUACGAGGACACGGCUAACAAUUCGCCACCCAUUUAUUAUACUGACACCACAAAUUUCAAUGGAGGAUCACAAACAAACCCAAUAAUUAAUAUUUUACAUUUUUGUACAUCACUUUAAAUGUACUUCCAUUAACAAGAAUUAAAAAGAGGAUGAUUUA